AUGAACAAAGAAAGGAAAAGAUUUUUAUUGAUUCUUGCGGUCAUAACAUUCAUAACGUUUACCAUUUAUUUGUCUUGGAGUCCUUCAAGUGAAUCAUCGACAGACUAUCAAGGUAAAACGAAACAAGUACGAUUGAUUGAAGAACUACAAAGCAAAUUAAAAGAAAGAGAAGCAGAAAGAGAUAGAUUGGCAGCACUAGUUAAAGACCAAAGAGAUAAACAAGACAUUAAAAAAGGAGAAGAAGGAGAAGAAGGAGAAGAAGAAAAAGUAAAGGAAAAAGAGGAAGCGUCAGUUGAUCAAUUUAAAUCACCAAAUUUGGGUAUUCGUAAUUACGAUAGAGUAUUGGAUGUUACAAACAAGGCAUUGGCAUAUGCAUUCUAUGUGACUGAUGAUAUUUACUAUUGUGCUGCUGCAGCUACUGCACAUCGUCUAAGACAAUGGACAGACUAUGAUAUCGUGUUUAUCUUUAUCACAGCCAACUCUUAUACGCCCGGCUCGCACAUUACCAACAAGCUCAACAAGCUAACCAACAUUAAACACAAAUUCAUCGACUCUUCGAUUCAGGCACGAUUCCCAGGCCAAGACUCAACGUGGAGAGACUCGCUCAACAAGUUUUAUGUCUUUACUCUGACGGAAUACGACCGUAUCAUCUUUUUGGAUGCCGAUACUGUCGUCCUCAGAAACCUCGACCAUCUCUUCUUUAUACCCGACUGCACAUUGGCUAGUCCACGUGCAUACUGGCUCGAUAACCAACCAUUCUUUACCAGUUUGCUCAUGGUACUCAAGCCAUCGCAACACACAUUUGACGCAUUGGUCAAGGCAACCGAGACCAGCAGAGGUUGGGAUAUGGAUGUUCUCAACGACUAUUUCAUCAAACGUCCAGAUUAUCUCAUGUUGCCAGGUAUCUAUGGAUUGCUCAAUGCCGAGCUUGCAUUGGGCGAAACACAUUGGUUUGGCGACGACGUCGAAGACACUUACAAUAACAAGGCCUAUCUCUACCAUUGGUCUUACUUUAAACCAUGGAGAAUCAAUGCAAAUGAUCAACGUGUAACCAAUCAUGGUAGAGUUGUAAAAGAUACUUAUCAUGAAUAUUAUAUUGGAAAGGAGAAAUAUUGUUAA